AUGUAUGGAACUUCAGACCUGCAGAUGUCAAACUUUGAAGAAGACGAAGAACAGGAAAUCGUAAUAGAGAAGCAAGAAGUACGGGGAAGCCCUUAUCAAGGCAUUCACAUUAUUCUCUACAAUCCUUCACUUAAGCCAUCUCAGGAUCAGAAUAAAGAAGAGGAAGCAUGUCAAGAUUCUAAAAUAUAAUUUUCUUUCAUCCUCAAGACACUGACGCUCACGAGCAGAGGAAGCAGACAGGGCUCUGAGAGGGAGUCAUAGAUUUCAUGGGUUCUUUCUGACAAGAUAGUGAGGAUUACUCCAACAGUCCCAUCGAAACAAUCAAUACUUCUCUGUUUACACUCUGAAUUAAGCAAGUUGAGCCGGAUAUGUUUUUAUGACUCAUUCUCUCUCACAAUAAUCUCUAUACAGACAAUGUAGCAGAACAUGGAGACACCACGGUGAGUAACUUCGACCCUGAAUACGGAAAUUUCAAGGAAGAAGACACCUACAUCUUGAAUGAGACUCUGAAGCUGUAUUAUGACCUGUUCUGCCUCUUCCAUCUCUCUAUUCGGCAUGUCUUUGAGAGAGGCCAGAAGUAUCUUGAAAAUGUCCUUGAAGAUUUCACAAAUAGAUUUGAUAAGCAUUUCUUCAUGACUUAUUGUGGCAGGACGUACUUCAAUAGCUGUGUUUAUAGGGGGUUCCCUAUAUGCCCACUGGAGUCUAAGCUGUAUCUCUGCGCCCAGAAAUACGCUCAUUCAACUAAUGUGCCCAGACUUGCUAUAUUCUACGAGGAAUUUUACGUUUAUGGAAAUAUCCCAAGUGACGAAACUGAAGUUCUUUAUACAUACCUGAUUGGCCCCCUCAGUGAGAGGAGAGAAGGACUGGUCCCAAAUUGGGUCGAUACUGGGCUGCAAGGCAAGAUCACCAAAGUUCUCCGUAAGAAGCUCAAAAAUAGUUCCUCUCAGUUAACAGAAAGCGAUAUAGAAGAAGAAAAGCACCGUGAUCUCCUAGAGCACACGGACAUUAAUUACGAAGAAUACGUAGAUGAUGAGGAAUAUUACACCGAUUUUUGAAGGAUAAAUCGUCAAGGAUUUGUUGGCAGUAACAAGGAGAAGCAAGGUUUCAUCAUCGGUCCCUCGGUCUUCAAAGCCACAGACAGGAGAAGUGUCGAAGAUGUGAAGACCUAUGACAUCUUUUCUCCCACAGUUUAUGUCAAAACUGACUUUGACUCCCCCAAAACCUUCGCAAAACUGAUAGUUAUGCAAUUCAAAAAGAUGAAGUUCGUGUAUCUGCUAGAAAACGAAAAUUUGGAUGAACUUGAGUACACCCUUCUCUACGAGAGGACCAAAUCGAUGGCUGAAAGCUUGACUAAAUAAGAUAGAUCCUGUGGUGAACUUUUACCAUGAGAAUCACAUCAGAAAUAACCCUAAGCUAAAGUUCUACUACUUUAAUGAGACGAAUCUGGCUAUGAAAUUCUCACCAUCAGUGGUACUUGACGAUAUGACCACUGAGCUAAGACAUUAUCUAAAUAUUAUCAAGGAGAAAUUUGAUCUGAAUGAGUCAUUAAAGGAGUAUAAGAUCACAGCCACUGAUUUCUGGAUCGUAGGGAUCAAGUCCUUGACCAGACUUGUUGUACUCCUACUGCCACCCUCCCUCAGUAAUGAGAAAAUGGAAAUAGAGAAAGACCUGAUCUUAAAAAGGUACUUUUCACAAUUUAUUUUUUAAAGUUCAAUUAUC